ACCACAACAAAAUAGGAGAACAAUUCGGUCACAAAUUUUAAAAAUAAAGUUAUUGAGAAUCAAAGUGUGCAUAAUAAUGCGAUGGCAGCUGCUGAGUCAAACUCUGCUUCGAUGGUGCCGGUGAACGACGGAGCUACUGCAAUAAGAGCCGAGAGGAUGAAUUCUCCAUCGAUGGUGGGGAGGAAUGGGGGAGACACUGCAGUAAAUACUGAGAGACUGAAUCUUGCACGAAGGAUUGACAGAGUUUCUCCAUCGGAGAUAGCACCGGAGGUGGUAACAAUUCCACCGUGGGCGACGGAGAUUGGAGAGAAGAAGAAUCACUUCAGAAGUGAUUCGAGUAUACUUUCGAAGAAAACUGGACCAGCAGCAGGAGAAUGCGAUCUGUUCCUGAACAUCAAGAAGCUCUAAAUGAAAGAUGCGCAGACAGGAACCAUGAUGUUUCGAGGGAGAUGAUGUACUACACUUUAUUCGGUAGCGAUGUCGAGGUAGACUAAGAAGGUAAUGAUUGAGUUGUGUGCUCAUGUUUUUUUGGUUGCCAGUGAUUAAUUAUUCUAAAUAACAAUCUCAC